AUGAUGGAUAGCAACAGCUGGUUCCAUCGCGGCGGCGCCGGCGGCAACAUCGGCUACAUGUGCGGCUAUGCUGCCAGGGAGCGACCCUUCAGGAAAGCACCUUGGUUUUCACCCACAACCCGAGGAAGUACUGGACCAAGCCGUCUGGCCAGUACUUUUGGAUCUAUUGGCAUUGGGCAGGUUGUUGCCGACAACAUAGCAGCACAUAAGGUUGGGUCAGCUGAGUUAAGUCUCUUGGCAAAGAAGGAUUACAGAGGAUGCACCGAUGACGACUUGCUCGCCAAUGGGAGGCAGCUCAGGUCAUUUGUUGAUGCUUGUCCAGGCACAUUCAGCUGUCUCACGCGGCUCAAGCUAGAGAGCUUGGUGCUUUUUCCAUCAGUUUUCACCAAAAUUUGCACUAUAUGCAAGAGACUGGAUUUCCUCCACUUGUUCAACAUCGAGAUGGGAGUUCCGUCUCUGCUUGAAGUGCAACACCCACAACUCCGUGAACUUGAGAUUGCCAAGUGUAGUUUUGAGAGGGUUGAUCUCAACUGGCUGCCAAAACUCACAACUCUGACUUUUUCAUAUUGGGAAUCUACGCAUGAUCCUUUGUCUGUUGGUUAUGCGCCGCUGCUCCAGACCGUGACCAUGAGUAAUACUGCUCUUUCAUGGCACAAGAUGCUGACGUUAAGUGAAGUUCUUGGCAAAGCUACUGUAAGCGACCUGCAUUUGAACUUCGAAAGCGAAAAGAUUUGGGUUAAACCCGAAGGUCCUAGAGAGUUAUGGCCGGUGUUCCACAAGCUAAGGUUUGUGAACUUGGCUGACAUUUCGGAAGAAUGUGAUCUGGCAUGGACAUUGUUCAUUCUGGAAGGUGCCCCUUCCCUAAAGGAGCUAUGCUUAAAAAUCUGGAAUAGAUGUACAAUGAGAAGGGAUGAGGAGGAAAGGAAGGAGUAUGCGUUUAGCGAGGAGAAGAAGGACACGGGCGUAGAGUGGGAAGGAUCUGCUUCCAAGCACCACAAUCUGGCCGUUCUCAGGAUUUUUGGGUUUCAGUUAGAAGAAAAGUUUGUGAACUAUGUCAGCGGCGUCAUGGAAUCAACUCUCAAUCUCCAGGACAUAUACCUUCAUGGGAGGCCAAUAUGUGAGACGCAUAAGUGCAAGAAGCGAAAGGACAGAUACCCGUGGACAAAGAAGCAAAGGAUCUCACUUAUCAACUGUUUCAACAUGGAUUUACACCCUCUUUUAAGGAUUCACUUCCCGAGUGUAAGAAGAGCCUAA